CUUCUCUCUCCGUCGCCUUUCCUUUCGAAGCUCUCUCGGGGAAUGGAGCCCAAGCCAAGGCCGGAGCAGGCGGAGCCAACGGAACUGGCUUUAACCGAAAUUCGCUCCAGGUCGUCGUUCUUCAUCUACAAUCCGUACGAGAAGCGAACCGUGGAGGUGCCGCUGACCAACUGCGAUGCCGUCAUAUCCCUGCUGAAGUGCGUGAUUGGCACCGGAAUCCUGGCCAUGCCGCUGGCCUUCCGCCACUCGGGCGUUCUGGGGGGCGUCCUCUUUUCGGUCCUGCUGAUGAUCCUGCUGACGUACUCCAUCCAUUUGCUGAUCGCCGGCAUGACCGAGUGCUGUCGCAGGCGCCGAGUGCCGCAGGUGUCCAUGCCGGAGGCCGUGCAGAUUGCCUACGAGCUGGGGCCCAAGUGGGUGCACCGCUUCGGCCGCACCGCCGGCCUCCUGACCGCCUGUGUCCUGGUCUUCGGCCAGUUCGGGCUGUGCACCGUCUACCUGGUGUUCGUGGCCAAGAACUUCAAGGAGAUCGGCGACUACUACGGCGGCAAGUACAACGAGCGCUACUACGUCCUGGGCGCGUGCCUGCUCCUGCUGCCCCUCUUCCUGAUCCGGCGUCUCAAGUACCUGGUGCCCCUCAACUUGGUCUCCAACUUCCUGCUCUACGGGGGCUUUGCCUUCAUCAUGUACUACCUCUUCAGCGGGCUGCCCGAUCCCCGCGAGCGCCAGCUGACCACAUGCCCCAGCGAGUGGCUGGUCUUCUUCGGCAUCGCCUCCUUCUCCCUGACAGCCGUGGGCUCGAUGCUGGUUGUGGAGGCGAACAUGGCCCAGCCCCAGAGCUAUCUGGGGAUGUUCGGUGUUCUGAAUGUCUCCGUCUUCUUCAUCCUCCUCUCCAACAUAUUCUUCGGCAUCAUGGGCUACUGGCGGUUCGGCGAGAUCGUGGAGGCCAGCAUAACCCUGAACAUUCCGCAGAAUGAAAUUCUUUCGCAGCUGAUCAAAGUCUUCAUUGCCACGGGGAUCUUCUUGAGCUAUCCCCUCAACGGCUUCGUGGUGAUCACGGUGAUCUUCAGCGACUACAGUGAAGCCACAGAGAAGGGGAGGUACCACACUCUCCAGGAGUAUGCGGUGCGCCUCAGCUUUCUGCUGCUCACAGGUCUGGUGGCUGUGGGCGUGCCCAAUCUGGCCGCCCUCACCGAGCUGGAGGGCGCCUUCUCUCUGAGCAAUCUGAACCUGCUCUGUCCGGCCCUGAUAGACAUCUUCCUCAACUACGACGUCGGCUACGGGCGUCUCAGGUGGAAGCUGGUGCGCGACCUCCUGCUCAUCGUCGUGGGACUCGUCUUUGGGAUUGUGGGCUGCACGAUGGCCAUGAAGCAGUUGGUGGACGACUUCCGGACGACGCUGCAACACAUGUAGCUUCCAUCGCAUCGGCAUCGGCUCCUGUUUUUAUCAUUGCUGUUU